AAAUGUAAACAAAACUUCAACUUAUCAUUUUUUUUCGAAAAAUAAUUCAUUUUAAUUCGAAUUUGAAACGAAUUAAUCAUUAUCGAACGUUACUAAUCGAUUAUUCGCGUUGUUUUUCAGAUAAAUCGUGUAUCCAGACAUCGGUAUGUGUAUUAUUUGAUACCCGUACAUUCUGCAGCGUUUGACUUUCGAACGAAAUGCCAUAUCCAUAAAUCCAUAUGUUGUGUAUCUUCGACUGAACUGAACCCAACCAGCUGUUGAAAUGGUGACCAGACAAUUAACGGAUGUAUUCACGCUGAUGCGAAACAAUGCCAACCAUAAUCGCAAUAUUCUCAGCGAACAGAUCAUCAGCGACCGGAUGGCGUUGGUGGAAUCGGGCGAAGGUAUGGAUAUGUCCAGAACAGCUCUGCCACCUUCGUGGAUCAAUAUCUUGGAAGAAGCUCAGUUCCAAAUAUCUCGUAUACAGAAGAAGUUGAACGAUUUGUCGACUCAGCAACAAAGCUUUCUGUCGAAACCGACGCUGGAUGAUUCGACCGAGCAGGAGACUCAUAUCGAGCAUUUGUCGCAGGAGGUUACCAAGCUUUUCAGCAUCACCCAGAAGCUAAUACAUCAAAUCGAAGAACAAAGUAUGGAUGGUUCUACGCAAGAAAGGAAGCUCUCGAAGAACGUAACCAGUUCGUUAUGCACAACACUGCAAAACUUAUCGUUUCAGUUUAGAAAUUUACAAAGUUCCUAUCUCAAUAAACUCAAAUCUAGAGAAGAAAGAUCGAACGUAUUUUUUCAAGACGACGUUUUCUACGACGAUAACGACCCGUUCGAGUCGUUGAACGAAGGCGAACUCAAGGUAGACCGUGAAUUCGAACUCGGACCUCGGUUCACCGAACAGCAAAAACAGCAGCUGUUGUUUGAAGAAGAUAACGCUCGAAUGGCUGCGCAACGUAAACAAGAAGUUAACCAGAUUGUCAGCUCGAUCGCCGAUUUGAAUUACAUUUUCAAAGAUUUAGGCAGAAUGGUCGCCGAACAGGGUACAGUUCUAGAUCGUAUAGAUUAUAACAUCGAACAAACGCAGACCCAAGUCAGGCACGCGUAUCAAGAGCUUGCCAGAGCAGAUCGUUACCAGAGAAAGAAUCGUAAAAUGCAGUGUAUCCUUAUUCUCGCACCAGCCACCGUUAUUUUAUUUCUACUACUGAUCGCGGUGAAAUUCUAAACGUGAUGGAAAUACAGGGUGCCCAGAAAUAUCGAACACCCCUAAAAAAGUUUUCUACUAAAAUACUUUGGUUGGUCACAGUGAAUGAUAAUAAUGAUAGCACAUGAUUGGUUGUUGGACUGGAGAGAUGACAGUCCACCAAUCAUUUAUGCAUCUAUUUCACAUUGCCAACCUAUAUUUUUAAUGAAAAACUUUAUUUGGGGUGCUCGAUAUUUCUGGGCACUCUGUGUGUACAUCUUGGCCUAAAACAUCGAUAUAUUAUGUACCUUGCCUCGCAUCUUGGUAUUAUCGAUGAUCCCCCUCGCGAAACGAACAAUUUUAAUGACUGAGUCGCGCCCAUUAUUAUGUAUUUUUUGUUUUUAGCUUUUUUUUCUCUGUUCGUUGUUCUAUUUUUUUGUAAUAUUUACGAAUUAUUUUACUACGAUCCCUUUAUUAAUCAUAUUUAUCGCAUAUUAACGUUACGUUGUAUGUUUUUUUUCUCUUUUUUUUUCUUUUUGGUUAUUAUUCCAAUUUGUGAUAUGUACGUUAAGGGUUCGUUUUUUCGAGUGAUUUCUCCCCGUGUUUGUUUUUUUUCUCUCCUUCCCUCUUCUUUACUUAGCUUUAUCUUAAUUUAUUUUGUCAUUUUUCAUUUUUUUUCUUUCGUUUGUUUUUUUCAUGGUUUCUUCGAAUUGUUAAUCUAUUAUUAAUUUAUUAUUGUAUUCGGAUACGUUUUGUAAUCAUAUAUUGUAUGGCGGCGUCUAAGAGAUGCCGAGUUUUUAAUUAUUGUUAUUACGUUAAUAUUUUAAUAAAUUAUUUGUAUUUCA